AUGACUGCCAGAGCCUUCAAACUAAACGAUAUUCCUGACCUUAGUGGAAAGGUAGCCAUCGUGACCGGUGCAAGCUCUGGUAUCGGUCUUGAAACAGCUUAUCUCCUUGCCCGUCGAAACUGCACCGUCUAUAUCGCUGCACGCAAUCCUGAGAAGGCAGAUAGGGCAAUAGCCGAUAUUCAACGGCGCCUAUUUCCCGCCACCCAAGGAGUCGGCGAAAUUAUAUAUCACCAUCUUGAUCUUCUCGAUCUCAAAGGCGUAUAUGAGUCUGCGCAUCGAUUCCUCCGAGAUCAUGACCGAUUAGACAUAUUGGUCGCGAAUGCUGGGACCGCGUUUGAGUCGAUCGAUCAGCUUUCCGUGGACGGUUAUGAUAGGUCAUUCGCGACAAACCAUCUGGGGCACUUUGCAUUCAUCACUACAUUACUACCAUUACUCGAGAGAACGUCAGGGAUCAAUGGUGGGGAUGUUAGGGUUGUCGUGACUAGUAGCAUGGCUUAUCAAUUUGCGGGGAAUAAUGGGAUCGACUUUGAUUCUAUUCGAGUGAAAAGCGAAGGAAAGAGCAUAUUAGAUAUGAAAGCGGCGGGUAGGAGGUACGGAAGGAGUAAAAUGGCCAAUAUUUUGUUCACCCAGGAACUCAGCAAGCGCUUGGAAGCAAGAGGGAUUAGUGGGAUAAGGGUGAAUACUUGUCAUCCAGGUUCAGUUGGGGAUACGGGAUUAGGCGCAAAUGAUGCUUUGGGAAUUCCUCAAUGGUUCAACGGAAUGGUCCAUAAAGCCGUUGGGACUGUCAGCUUCACUCCCUUGGAGGGCGCCAUGACCCAGAUCUACCUGUCAACAUCAAAGACUGUAGUCGAAAAGGACAUAAGAGGAAAGUUUUAUGUACCUGUCAUGACUUGGUCUAUGAGGUACCAUUAUUCCACGGAGUACGACAUCAGCAGGGCGCUCAAAAGAGGAGACCAUGAGAAGCUCUGGAACUACAGCGAAACUGCUCUUAGAGAGGCGCUACAGAGAUGA